AUGUCGGCUCCCGGCGUUGGCUUUGAAUAUCCUCCUCAGGAGGUCUCCUGGCUUAAGCGCGAUGCUUUGUUGUUUGCCAACAGCAUCGGUGCUAAAGCCGACGAGCUUCAUUUUCUAUAUGAGCUCCAUCCUAACUUCGCUGUGUUCCCGACUUAUUCUUUGAUCCUCCCUUUCAAACACACCGAUCAAGAAGUCAUUGAUUUCUAUGCACGUUCGCAAGCAACUCCCAUCCCCGGCGUCCCGAAAUUCGACACUCGCCGUGGUGUAGAUGGCCAGCGCAAGAUCACUAUUUUGAAACCUUUACCUCCCACGAGCGAAGGCAAGAAGUUUCAGUUGCGUAAUAAGGUUAUUGGAGUCUACGAUAAAGGCAAAGCUGGCUCGGUGGUCGAGACGGAGCAGUCAAUUGUGGAUGAGAGUGGGGAGGUGUACACCAAGACGGUGAGCAGCGGUUUCAUGGUAGGACAGGGAAAUUGGGGUGGACCUAAGGGACCGAGUGCCGUCAAUUACCCCCCUCCUCAAGGCAAGAAACCAGAUGCUGUUCAUGUCGUUCAGACGACAGCUGAAACUCCUCUUCUCUAUCGUCUCAAUGGCGAUUAUAACCCUCUUCAUGCUACACCUGAGCCCGGUCAGAAGAUGGGAUUCGGGGGCGUUAUUAUCCACGGUCUCUUCAGCUGGAACACUGCCGCUCAUGGCAUUCUGAGAGAGCUUGGAGGCAGUGAUCCAAAGAACUUGAGAGAAUUCCAGGCACGCUUUGCUUCGCCAGUGUUCCCAGGCGACAAGCUUACCACCGAGAUCUGGAGAACAGGAAACACUGAAGAUGGGUUCGAGGAAGUCAGAUUCGUAACCACAAAUAACAAAGGCAAGGUUGUGCUGAGCAACGGCCGUUGUCUGCUGAAGGUCACUGGGUCGAAGAGCAAGCUGUGA